AUGGAAACUGGAGAGGUGAAGAGUAAAUCUCCAGAUACAGAUGAACAGCCACCCAUAAGAUCAGUGUUUUCUUUGAAGAACAAGAAACGCACAAGAGAAAUUGAAAAUAUUGAAGAAUGUUUCAUCUUAGAUUUUAAUCCUUGUGAAUCUUUGAAGCGACCUUUUUCACCUUCUCAGUUUGCAGAUCAAGAGAAUGAUGCACCUGAUAUCACAGUCAUUGCUGAACACGGCAAGUGUCACUGUUAUGUUUGUGAUGUAGCUGCUCCUUGCGCUCAAUGGUCGGACCACUGUCAUGCAGAUCAUUCACGUUUUGGUCAUUGGAGGUCUCUUCGGAGGACAAGAAGGGGACAAGAUUCAGACUCAGAUUCGGGCUCGGAUUAUUUUUAUUGA